CUUAUUAUGUGGUGGGCCAACGAUUUAAUGAGCUUAGGUUAUAAACGUCCUUUGGAAAAAGAUGAUCUAUACGUUUUGAAUGACGCGAGAUUGGCUAAAAUUGUUACUGAUAAGUUUGAAGCUGAAUGGAAAAAAGAAACUCGAAAAAUUGCGAUGGGACAAAAUCCAUCUUUAUUAAAAGCUCUAUACAGGGUUUUGUGGGCUAAAUUUUACUUGGCUGCUGUUUGUAGAUUGUUUACUGAUACAUUCAGAGUUACAUCACCUUUGAUUUUAAAGUUAAUAUUAAACUUUGUCACUGAUGCAUACUUUGCCAACUUUGAUAACGGUGUGCAACCCCCUGCAUAUAUUGGCUACUUAUUAAGCGUUGUCUUGCUCUUAAUGCAAUUGUGUGAUAGCCUUUCAGCAAACUUUUAUUAUUGUUGUGCAAUGGAAAUUGGAUUUCUCUCACGUACUAUUCUCAUAACUACUAUCCACCGGAAAGUUUUAGUCUUAAGUGGAAAAGCGAGAAACUUAUUUUCUAAUGGAAAAAUUAUUAAUCUAAUGUCCACUGAUACUUCGCGUAUAGAUUAUGCAUGCGCUUACUUCAACAUAAUUUGGACUGCUCCUAUUCAAUGUUGUAUGGCAUUGGGUUUGUUAAUAUUUAAUAUUGGUCCAUCUGCAUUAGCUGGAUUUGCAUUAUUAGUAUUAUUGGGCCCCAUGCAGGGAAUGGUCAUGUCAUUAUUGGCACGUACCAGGGCUAGAAUUGCUAGUGUUGCUGAUGAACGGAUCAAAUUAACUCGGGAGAUUUUGUUAGGGAUUAGAGUUAUUAAAUAUUACGCCUGGGAAGAUAGUUUUAUUGGUGCUCUUAAUAAAUUAAGAAACAAAGAAAUUAGUUUGGUUCGGUUUUUAUUAAUUAUUAGAAAUUCUAUUACUAGUGUUUCAAUGAUUGUUCCUGUAUUCGCUAGUAUCUUAUCAUUUAUAACAUUCUCAUUGACAGGAGGCAAACUUGAUCCUGGAGUCGUAUUCUCGUCUUUGGCAUUAUUCAACGUUCUUCGAACGCCUUUAAUAUACAUGCCAGUGGCUAUAGCUUCUGCUACUGAUGCCUAUGUAGCAAUUAAUCGUAUAAAUGAAUUCUUGCAAGCUGAUGAAUUAUCAGUUUUACCGGAAAUCAAUCCGGACGAACAAUAUGCUAUUAAAGUUACUGAUGGUGAAUUUAUUUGGGAAAGUGCCCCACCUGAAGAAAUUAAUGACAAAUCAAAAAAAAUCAAGAAAAAAGAAAAAACAUCAAAAAAUCAUAAAAAAAAUGAUAAGAAUGGAAAUGAUUCUUCAACUAUUCUUUCGAAUGAAAAUGGUUCAACUUCAAUUGAUGGCACCUUUGACACCUCCACAGCUUUGACUCCCACAGAUUUGACUAAAAAUCUUGAAAAUUCUCAGCAAUUUUCUAUAAAAUCUCAACUUCGUAACAUUAACGUUACAAUACCUCGUGGAACAUUGGUUGCUAUUAUUGGUUCUGUAGGGUCUAGUAAAUCUUCAUUAUUGUCUGCUCUGGUUGGUGAAAUGAAAAAAAUUAAAGGAGAAGUCCUAUUUGGCGGAAAUUUUGGAUACUGUCCUCAAACUGCAUGGAUUCAAAAUGCCACACCCAUCUAUUAA